UGUGAGCUCGAGUUAGAAGUAGACGACGACGACGACGACGACGACGACGAAGAAGAAGAAGAAGUAGCUUAGAGAUCGCAACAAUGGCGACGGAGGGGGAGGAGCUGAGCAACAAGAGGAUCAUCCUCAAGGACUACGUCGUAGGGUUCCCCACCGACGAGCACAUGGUCCUCACACUCUCCACCGUCCGAUCGAAGGUGCCCGAGGGAUCGAUGGCCGUGAUCGUCAAGAACCUCUACCUCUCCUGCGACCCCUACAUGAGGGGCCGCAUGUCGAGGCCCCUCCACAAGAGCUACACCGAGGCCUUCGUUCCGGGAGCCGUCAUUACUGGUUAUGGCGUUGCGAAAGUUGUCGACUCUGGACACCCAGAUUUCAAAGCGGGAGACUUGGUUUGGGGAUUAACUGGGUGGGAGGAGUAUACUCUGAUAACUGCACCUGAAGGCUUGACUAAAAUCAAAUACACCGAUGUUCCGCUUUCAUAUUAUACAGGCAUUUUAGGAAUGCCAGGGUGUACUGCUUAUGUUGGGUUUCAUGAAAUAUCUUCUCCAAAGAAAGGUGAAACAGUCUAUGUAUCAGCUGCGUCCGGAGCGGUUGGUCAGCUUGUUGGCCAAUUUGCUAAGCUCAUGGGUUGCUACGUUGUUGGGAGUGCGGGCUCCAAAGAGAAGGUUGAUCUAUUAAAGAAUAAGUUUGGGUUUGAUGAUGCUUUUAACUAUAAGGAGGAGCAGGAUCUCAAUGCUGCCCUGAAAAGGUGUUUCCCAGAUGGAAUUGACAUCUACUUCGAGAACGUGGGCGGCCGAAUGCUCGACGCAGUUCUUUUAAACAUGAGAGUUCAUGGUCGAAUCGCGGUCUGCGGAUUAAUUUCGCAGUACAAUCUCACCCAGCAAGAAGGCAUCCACAACUUGUUCUGCGUCGUGACAAAACGGAUUCGGAUGCAAGGCUUCAUUUUCGCCGAUCACAAGCACCUUUAUCCCGAGUUCUUGGAAUUCGCUAUUCAGCACAUAAGAGAAGGGAAAAUCGUUUACGUCGAAGAUGUUGUUGAAGGCAUAGAGAAGGCUCCUUCUGCACUCAUCGGCCUUUUUGCGGGGCGUAAUGUUGGCAAACAAGUUGUUGUCGUAGCUCGCGAGCAGUUUAGCUGGUAUCGAAGCGACUUGGCUCCUGAUUCAUUAUAUCAUAUCGUGAAUUUGCAUAGAUAUAUUUAUAUGGCUACGAAGAGAAGUUCUCGUUCUACGCUUCUUCAAAUACUCUCUUAUUUCUUGCUAAGUAGCCUAAGUUACGGUACUCCGAGUGACAUCCUAUGCCUACAACUUGUGAAGGAAUCUCUUUCCGACCCGAAUAACUACCUUACAAACUCGUGGAAUUUUGAUAACACCUCGGAAGGGUCCAUAUGUAAAUUCUAUGGCGUCGACUGCUGGCACCCUAAUGAGAACAAGGUCCUCAAUCUUCACCUCUCCAACACGGGCCUGACAGGCAACUUCCCAGCGGGCCUCGAGAACUGCACUAGCCUGACGGGCCUUGAUCUGUCGAGCAACAACCUCUCCGGACCCAUCCCGGCCAACAUUUCAAGAAGAAUACCUUUUGUGACAACCCUUGAUCUUUCGUUUAAUAACUUCUCUGGCGUAAUUCCAGCGAACCUUUCGAAAUGUGUUUAUCUCAAUGUGCUCAAUCUGCAACAUAACCGGCUGAAUGGACAGAUUCCUGUAGAGCUGGGACUUUUAGACCGACUAACCCAAUUCAAUGUGGCUGAUAAUAUGCUAUCGGGGCCGAUUCCAUCAUUCCAGAAUAAGUUUUCGGCGGCCAGCUAUGUGAACAAUCCGGGUCUUUGUGGGGACCCUUUGAGUGAGUGCACAGCACCUGCAAAGAAAAGCCGGAUUGGGGUUAUUGUGGGUUCUGCUAUUGGUGGUGUAGUUUUGACGGUGCUCAUAGUUGGGGUUAUUAUGUUCUUCUUCCUGAGGAGAGUGCCGAUUAAGAAGAAGGAAAAGGAUGUAGAAGAAAACAAAUGGGCGAAGUCCAUAAAGGGGGCCAAGGGAAUCAAGGUUGCAAUGUUCGAGACUUCAAUAUCGAAAAUGAAACUUAGUGAUUUAAUGAAAGCGACCAACGACUUCAGCAAGGAGAAUAUCAUCGGAACUGGUCGAACAGGCACAAUGUACAAAGCCACACUUCCCGAUGGCUCUUUUCUUGCUAUUAAGAGAUUGCAAGACUCCCAACACUCUGAAAGCCAAUUCACCUCCGAAAUGGGAACCCUAGGAACUGUUAGGCAUCAAAACUUGGUUUCCCUUUUAGGUUACUGCAGCGCAAAGAAAGAAAGGCUCUUGGUAUACAAGUACAUGCCCAACGGCACUCUCUUCGACCAACUGCAUCAACCUGACUCAGAAAGCAAGAACAAAAUCAUGGAUUGGAAACUUAGACUUAAAAUAAGUAUUGGGGCCGCCAAAGGGCUAGCGUGGCUUCACCAUAGUUGUAACCCGCGAAUCCUCCAUCGGAACAUUAGUUCCAAAUGUAUAUUAUUGGAUGAAGACUACGAGCCCAAGAUAUCUGAUUUUGGCCUUGCGAGGCUCAUGAACCCAAUAGACACCCAUCUCAGUACAUUCGUCAAUGGCGAGUUUGGUGAUUUGGGUUAUGUUGCACCUGAAUAUACUCGCACUCUCGUGGCCACCCCGAAGGGCGAUAUUUAUAGCUUCGGAGUAGUUUUACUUGAGCUUGUUACCGGAGAAAGGCCUACUCAUGUUUCUAAUGCGCCAGAAAACUUCAAGGGUAGCCUGGUGGAGUGGAUUACUUAUCUUUCGAAUAAUUCCAUUCUUCAGGAUGGUGUGGACAAAUCAUUAAUCGGGAAGGACAACGAUAAGGAGCUCCUCCAGUUUCUGAAGGUUGCUUGUACUUGUGUUCUAUCUGCGCCCAAGGAAAGGCCGACAAUGUUCGAAGUGUACCAGCUCUUGAGAGCCAUCGGGGAGAAAUACCAUUUCAGUACUGCAGAUGAUGAGAUAAUGCUGCCGCCGGAAAGCACCGACGCAGAUAACAUGGACGAACUUAUCGUGGCACAGUAGGAUUAAGGUGUAUUUUUUUCUGAGAUGGCGCAUGUCGGAUAAUUGCUCUUCUGCUGGGAGGUGUGAAUCAGAAUAACUCUUUUUCAGCAACCCCUGGCUAUGUUUUGGGAGUUGUGCUGUUGGUGAAUCUUUAGGCGACUAGUGAGGCUUUUCGAUAUUUAGUACGGUAAAUGUUGUUGGAUAGUGGCUCUGCUUGUUGUAUAUGGCCUUCCUUGUGAUAUACCUUUAGCAUAUCUAUUGUUCAAUAUAAUUACUGCAUAUAUUUUAUCUUCAGCAAUAUAUCUAUGCCUACAUGUAUGAUUUGUCGUUAAUUACGGAUUUGAUUACGCAAAGGGAAUACAAUAUAUUAUUGCCACAGCAUCUGAUUUCAA